ACCAGUUGUGCGCAAGUAGCGUGUGGUGCACGGAAGAUACGCCAGUCUUCUGACUUCACGGAAUUUGUAGCCCAGCAACAAUGAUCAUCCCCGUGCGGUGCUUCACGUGUGGGAAGAUCGUAGGAAACAAGUGGGAGGCUUAUCUUGGCCUGCUGCAGGCCGAGUACACCGAGGGUGAUGCUCUGGAUGCUCUUGGCUUGAAGAGGUACUGCUGCCGCAGAAUGCUUCUGGCUCAUGUGGAUCUAAUUGAGAAACUGCUCAACUAUGCUCCUCUGGAGAAAUGAAGAAUACCUGAAGUAUCUAUGCACUGGAAUAUGUGGACUUGUUGACACUCGCUUACAAACGUAUCAUUCUCACAGUCUGUUCUGU